AUCCCCCCUACAUUAUUUCUUCUCUCAUCUUUCGCCUCUCAUUCCACAUACUUCCCUUCCUCGGGAAUCAUUGCCGAAAAAUUCACCUGAAACCACCUUUUACCCAUCAAUCUAUUGCCUGAAAAGCAUCUCCUUUGAUCAUUUUCCGAGGUGCUUCUAUUGCCGACGGCAAUCAUCCGCUCAGCCACUUACCAAUUUCAGGAUUCAGGCGAAUUUCGACAAUGGGGUUGGCUAUCGAGAAUGGGUCAUCUUCCAACAGUCAAUCACAUUACCACACUCACAAGGUCUUCCUUCUCUGCAACUACAUCCUCUUGGGAGCAGCUUCAAGUUGUAUCUUCCUUACCCUCUCCCUCCGGCUCGUUCCAUCUCUAUGUGGGUUCUUCUUCAUUCUUCUCCACAUCUUCACAAUAGCAGGGGCGGUCUCUGGCUGCACUGCGGCCUCAUCGAGGACCAACCAAUGGUAUGCAGUCCACAUGGUGGCGACAGUCCUUACAGCCAUAUUUCAAGGCGCGGUGUCAGUGCUCAUCUUUUCCAGAAGCGGUGACUUUUUGGGGGAACUGAAGUCUUACGUUAGGGAAGAAGAUGCAGCGGUGAUCUUGAGACUGGCGGGUGGGCUCUGCGUGUUGAUGUUCUGCUUGGAAUGGGUGGUGUUAGCUCUGGCAUUUGCGUUGAGGUACUAUUCUUAUGUUGAAGGAAAUGGUGGAAGUAGUUCUUCAAUGCAGAGGAAUUCCAAGGUCCAUGAGAAGGGGAUGAAUGACUGGCCAUGGCCCUUCCAAGUUUAGACAGACGGGCAAAAGAUAGAGGUGUCUGUAAUUACUCCGGCACGAUCAUAUGCCGGACUACUUAUUUGUUUUCUUCUGUUUGAUUGGUGUGGAUACAGAUGAGAUUAUAUUAAUUCAAUUUUGUUCAUUUCUUUUUGUGUUCAUCGUAAUUGAUUAUAUAUUGUAAUGGGAUUGAUUUAUUCCUGAAAGUAAUUCUUUUUAGUUUAUUAUA